AUGCUUAAAUCACUUUGGAUCCAAACACAGGAUAUCCAUGUGACCGAGAGUGACCCGUAUGUGCGUCGCCUGGGGGUGCAGCUGAUUGGUGAGAUGGCUAAGGAUUGUGUGCACCCAAACCACUACAACGAACUCAUGGCUGUACUACAGAAAGCCGCAGCCACCUGUCCUCCGGGCACUGUCAAUGCCCCACUCACCAGCGUCACCUCAUCGCCCCGCGGGUCAAAACGGUCCAAAACCUCACGCCUGUCCAUCAUUGAGGACACCAUUACCAAACUGGCCAAUCGCAACACCGCCACUCCCUCGGGCUACAACGCCACAUCAGACAGCUCUACUACAGGCACCAACACACCCGCAAGUGAGCGAACCGGGAACGACAGUGAUGAAGGUGAGAUGGAUGUCU